CAUGUACCGCUUCUCCCACCACCAUCCAUCAUGUAUCAUCUCUUAAAAGGCUUCCAUGAGUACUUGACGAGGAAAGAAGAGUUUUCAGUGAUUAUCAUCGGCCUUGAUGGUGCUGGCAAAACCACACUUCUGGAGAAAAUAAAGACUCUAUAUAACGAGACUCCUGGGCUCGACCCGUCCAAGAUUGGCCCGACUGUGGGGCAAAAUACUGGCAAAAUAUCUCUCCCAUCCAGCAUCAUCAACUUUUUCGACCUCGGAGGACAACGCGGUAUUCGGUCCAUCUGGCACAGAUACUAUGACGACUGUCACGCCGUAGCGUACGUUAUCGAUGCGCAAGACCGAGAGAGGCUCAGUGAGGGCUGGGAAGUCUUUGACACAGUUCUCUCCUCACCUCAAACGCUUAACAUUCCCCUCUUACUCCUUGCAAACAAACAAGAUUCCCCUUCAAGCCUCAGCGUUUCAGAGAUAAGGCAGGAUUAUGAAGAUUGGGAUCAGAGGAGGAGGGAGAGCGCGAGGAGGAGGUUUGGCGAGGACGAGGAUGCGGAAAUGGAGAGGAAGCGGGAGAGGAUUGCUAGUUUGGAUGUUUUAGGAGUUUCGGGGCUUGAUGGAGCUGGCGUUCGCGAGGCCGUGGAUUGGUUGUUCUUACGUGUGCAGAAUAGUAGACGUGACUUGGGGGAUCGAUAGUGAGGCUUUGGGGAUCAGUUUAUGUUGGCGGUGUCAUCUGCCUGUGUACUUGUAUGUACGGGGCUACCUGUUGACCGUCUUAUUGAGUGCGAGCUUUUCAUGAUGAUUGAUGUGGUUCACUACUAGAUCAUUGGUUGUUCACUUGAUUCACAGGUACAUCCUCCCUCUCAUACCACCUCGGUUCUGACCCAUGAUGGGUGAUGUUCCGUGUUUGUAGGAGUACUCUAUGUUAUGCUUUUACUUGCGCGAUGGUCACCGCAGUAAAACAACCAGUGACUCGUUGCUAACCUGGUGUGUGCGCUUGCUCAUCCCUAUCCAAACCCUAGCCUUCAAAGGUCCAUGUUUUACCUUUCUACUCUACAACUUUUCCGGGUUCCUCUUGUUUACGAACUGCGACAUCCUCGUUAUGAGUUUGCUGAAUUGUUGUGCGUCUUUCACCGAUUGUCGACCUCUGCCCAAACUUUUUUUUGAAUCGUUCAUGAUCUGUCGGG